CAACAGCGUUUCCUCGCAUGAAUUUUAUUAAGCUCACACGGUUACUUUUAAACAAAAUGCAGAGAAUAAAAACCAUGUGCAAGCCCAAGAAUUAGGUGGUCUUUCGCACAUUCCAGGAGUACCGUCUUCCUCAAAAGACCCAAUGGGUUACGAUCGCGAACGACGAUUAAGUUCCUAUAUCGCUGCCAAAAACAUCGACGACGAUGACGCGGCAAGUAUUGCCAGUAACAGCACCAUUAGCUCUGGUGGUGGCCGUCGUCGCCGCCGCCGUCCGUCAAUCCAAAAACUCAACAGAAAAUCGUCUAUAAACAUGAUUGCCAAAGAUCGUGCGACAGAGCCAGCAAAACUCAUUCGACAACUUGAAUUCACUGCGUUUCAAUAUAUUGGUGGUGUUUGUGCGAUCAGUUUUCUGUUGGGCAAGUUUGGAUUUAGCGUGAUACUGGCUAUAGCUGCUGUCGCCCUGGGUGGUGUAGGCUACUGGAUUUUUGGUACACAGCCCCGAAGGGAUUUGGAUUGGCAGUUGGAUAAGCAAAAAGAGGUCGAAUCGCUGUAUACAUCCGAAGGCGAAACGGUCGAAUGGUUGAACUUUAUUAUUGAGAAGAUUUGGCGAAGUAUCGAUCGAGAAUUCUUUACGGCCGUUCAAUCCAUGAUUGAAGAUAAUAUCCAGAGCGUCGCUCCAGGAUUUAUUAAAGGAAUAUCAAUCUAUGACCUCGAUAUCGGUGCGCAAGCUCCUCGCGUUCAGACCAUCCGCGUAUUUCCUCCUUUACCCGGCCAUUCAGAAGAGAGCAUAUUUGGCGAAGCUUCUUUCAGUUUUCAUCAACACCCAGCAGCCUCACUAUCACAAGAGCGUGGACGUAUUGAGCCAUCGCCUCCUGGUGUUUCUGUAGCGAUCCAAACAGGUGUCACUUCACCCAUCAAUGUUCGUGGCGAACUCACGGCCUUAUCUGGCAAAAUGCGGUUCAAGCUUGUUACAGGUCCUGAACUUCCAUUUGUAUCCAAACUUACCGUUGCAUUCACAAGUCUACCCACCAUCGAAACAGCUGUUAUGCCUAUUUCGAAACACGUGAAUCUGAUGCAUCUUCCGAUGUUCAAAAUGCUAGUCAACGAGGGCAUUCGAAUUGGGCUGGCGGAUAUGGUUGAUCCAAAGAGUAUGACGGUCGACAUCCAGCAAUUGAUGGGUGCUAUAGCACAAGAUACUUCUGCUUUAGGUGUUGUCCGAGUCGAAAUCCGAGGUGCUGAGGCAGAUCCAUCCGUGCUCCGUUUCCAAGAAAUCGAAGACUCCUAUGCUACCCUGUCGCUGAGUAAUCAGCCGCAACGCAGUAGAUCGACUACUCGCGUACUAACCAACGAUACAGAUCCGUGCUGGAAUGAAGUUCUCUAUGUAUUGGUAGGCGGAGAUGACAUCUCAGCGGACACCAAUGUUGAUAUCAAAGUGUGGGAUGCUGACAAAGUCAAGUUCGACGACAUGUGGGGUUCCUUUUCGAUGCCUGCCAAAGAAAUCCUUCAAAGCAAGAUUGAUAGACUUGGAAAUGUCACCGAAUGGUGUCAAGAGGAACGCGUAGCGUUUGAUGGUUGGGCUCCUUUGGAUGGAAAGCCACUAGAAGAAUGCAAGAUGAAGGUCAACUGCAAAAUUAGUUUUCAUCCCAAAUAUCGCACACAAAAGAAGGAAGCGAUCCAGGAAACAGAAGGAGAGACUACCGCCGCAAAAGAAAGAGAGCCCGAUGAACAAAGCGUUUUUGUGAAUCCUGGGCACAAGAGUGGUAUACUUUCUGUUUUCAUCCGCCAAGGCAUGGAUUUGGAAAUCGGCGAAGCUGGAUCGCUUGUCGACGAAGAUCUCAAGCAUCCUUACAAUGCGGAUCAGGUGGUCAGCCCUUAUGCAUGUCUUUAUCUGAAUGAUAGCAAGGUUUAUCAAACCAGAACCAAGCUUCGAAAUCCGAGUCCGCACUGGAAUGCAGUUUCUGAGCACUUUAUCAAAGAUUUCGACUCCACCACCAUUCGUAUCUCUGCGAAAGCAUCGCUCGACUUGGAACGCGACCCUGUCAUUGGUCUCAAAUCGUUUAACUUGCCAGAUCUGUUUGAAGACAAGGAAAGCAGUGAGUACAAAGAAGGUCAAGCGUGGUUUCCUCUGGCAAGCGGUGUCGGAUUCGGCAAAGUAUUGGUGACACUCAAAUACAAGCCUGUACGCCUUACAUUGCCGCGCGAACUUCGUGGAGCUGAUGUUGGGACUUUGAUUGUCGAUAGCGUUCGGCUUCGGAACCUAUCAGGCACAUUGGACGCUACUCGCAAGAGCGUGACACGAGCCACGUUAGCAGUCAACGUCGAUCCAGGCAUUGAGAAGCACCUGAGAGCACGUGAUAUCGAGCCUGGCGAAAUUUCAUGGAUGGACAAUCACUUGUUCUUCCCACUGAUCAUGCGCUAUCGAUCUGCAUUGUAUGUGCAUAUCUCGCAAGGCUCUAUGGGUGGCCACAAGGCUACAGGUCGUAUAUGGCUCAAGCAAAUUCCAGAUAAUGAAUGGCAAGAUGUGGAAGUGGGCCUACAGAGAUCGAUUUCUGAACACAGCAAAGAAUCCAACCGCAACGAAGAUCCAUGGGAUACUGAAGGGCCGAAUGGUCAAGCUACCUUGCGUGUCAAGAUAGUCCCUGGAUUUUCACCUGUGCAUACACACCUGCGGUCGUUCAACAUGGACAUGGUUGGCGCGGACCCGUUCCAUAGCGAGAAGAUGAAGGCCAAGGCUCAGCAUUGGGUGCGCGAGCAAGGAGGCGGACAUGGAGAGCAGACCGAGCCAGAUGACAGUGUAACUAAUGGAAACGAAAACAAUCGAGGAUCAAUGAACUCGGAUACAGCGUCAACAGUUGUCUCGGAUGAGGAAGAUAGUGCAGAUGAGUACACAAGAGAGAUGUAUGGAUUGAAUAAGAACCCCAGGGUGAGCAAGUAUCGUGUCUUGCGCAAGGCUACGUGGGGUGCAGACAUUGUUAGGCAGCGCGUGGAUAACGUCAAGGAAGGAUUUAAUUCAGAGGCACGCAAUAACCGAGCUGUUGCUAAGGAAGUUUGAGAUAACUUUUGUAUUUCCCCAUCACAUUUGUACUUGAUAGCUACUUCUUAUUUUCCCUAGUCUCAAUCAUUAAACAAUAAUAAACUAGCAAUUCUAUCUGAACAUUUCGCAGGAACAAGCUCAUUCGCUG